GGACACAAAACCGGCAGGCACUGUGCGGAGAUCGCCAGUGAUCGAAUCUGCGCAGGCUUGGACCAUCUCGGAUGAGCCUAAUGAGAAACACCUACCGACUCUUGACAAGCACGAGUCAUAUCUGUGUUGCUUGAAUCUGUGAGAAAAAUGGAGUCCAAACCCCUAAAAACUAUUGUGCAGGACACACUGAUGCACCUCAAAUGCAGAGAUGCAGCUAUGUUCUGCCUCGAGCUGGACAGACGCAUAAGUGUGCCGGUGGUUACUUUGUUGAAGCUGGCAGCAAAACCUGGAGACACCUCAGAGAUGAUAGACCAUCUGUUUUCAAGCUUCACUGAGGCUGAUGCAGUGUCAGUGGCUGUGGAUGUACUGAAGGAGAUUGACUACGACACACUCAAACUAGAGGAGCGCUUGAGAAAAAGCAGAGCUGAGCUGAUCCAUGGUGUGAGCAACAUUGAACCAAUUUUGGAUGAGCUCCUCACCAAGGGAAUUAUUCAGCAGGACAGUUAUGAUAAAAUCAGUGCUCUCCCAACCUCGGCGGAGAAGAUGAAGGAACUCCACAAUGAUCAUCUGAAAACUGCUGGAGACAAAGAAAUCUUUUCCAGCAUCAUUGAGAGACUGGAGCCUCAUCUUCUCAUCGAGGAGACGUUACCACUUGAUGCACAGCGUGGGAUUAUUGACCCAGAACCAGUCCAUAUGUCACACAAUGAUCCUCUUUUGAGUGUGGGGGCAACCGGAAGUGAUCUGUUGCCUGAGCAUGACUGGAUUAAACUUGAGCCUGAAGUGAACUGUGUGGAUGCAGACGAUGCUCCAAUUUACAGCCUGCAGUCUGAAGCAGGUGCCUUUGAAUGCAGUGUGUCUGGCUUGCGCUGGGUUUGUAAGGAAAAGGUCAGCUUCAAGUACCAGUUUUGCUCUUGGGAGGGGCACGCAGACAGACUGAAAACCAUGUGGUACAUCCAUGCAGGUCCCCUACUGGACAUUACAGUCAUUUCUGGAAAGUUAGAUGAAGCACAUUUGCCACACUGGAUCUGCACAGAAAACAACCCUACAGUUUUAGACAAGUUUGCAGUCGUCCACAUAGAUACAUGUGGAGACAUUGUGGAACAAGUGUCUGAGGUCACAUCAUCCCAUGUCAAGUUGUCUGGGCCAAUUUUCUCUCCAAGAGGAGUCCUGAUGAGAGCCGGCUUCUCCGUGAGAAUUAACUGUAAAGUGUUAAAGCUACAAGAUCAACAUUUAGACAACUCAGAGAUCGUAGACCUCCUGGUUUCAAGCUUCACUGGGACUGAUGCAUUGCCAGCGGCUGUGUGGUUACUGAAGGAGCUUGGCUGUGACGGCGACAUACUCAAACUAGAGGACCACUUGAAAAAAGAUAGAGCUGAGCUGGUCCAUGGUGUGAGCAACGUUGAACCAAUUUUGGAUGAGCUCCUCACCAAGGGAGUUAUUCAGCAGGACAGUUAUGAUAAAAUCAGUGCUCUCCCAGCCUCGGCGGAGAAUAUGAAGGAACUCCACGAUGAUCAUCUGAAAACUGCUGGAGACAAAGAAAUCUUUUCCAGCAUCACUGAGAGACUGGAGUCACAUCAUCUCACGGAGGAGACGUUACCACUUGAUGCACAGCGUGGGAUUAUUGACCCAGAACCAGUCCAUAUGUCACACAAUGAUCCUCUUUUGAGUAUGGGGGCAACUGGAAGUGAUCUGUUCCCUGAGCAUGACUGGAUUAAACUUGAGCCUGAAGUGAACUGUGUGGAUGCAGACAAUGCUCCAACUUACAGCCUGCAGUCUGAAGCAGGUGCCUUUGAAUGCAGUGUGUCUGGCUUGCGCUGGGUUUGUAAGGAAAAGGUCAGCUUCAAGUACCAGUUUUGCUCUUGGGAGGGACACGCAGACAGACUGAAAACCAUGUGGUACAUACCUGGAGGUCCCCUACUGGACAUUACAGUCAUUUUUGGAAAGUUAGAUGAAGCACAUUUGCCACACUGGAUCCGCACAGAAGACAACCCUACAGUUUUAGACAAGUUUGCAGUCCUCCACAUAGAUACAUGUGGAGACAUUGUGGAACAAGUGUCUGAGGUCACAUCAUCCCAUGUCAAGUUGUCUCAGCCAACUUUCUCUCCAAGAGGAGUCCUGAUGAGAGCCGGCUUCUCCGUGAGAAUUCACUGUAAAGUGUUAAUAUACAAGACCACCAAAACAUUCCUCACACUGCAUGUCUAUGUGAUCCCUUGUGAUCCGGCUCUAGAAGAGAAAAUACAGAACAAGGAAUUAUCCAGUGGAUGCAAAGUGAUCCAAAAACCAUACCCAGAAAAAUCCUUGAAAAUGCGUGGCCGUCUCAUCCUCACAGCUGAUAUGGUCACUGCAGAAAUUUACCCCAAGAAAUUAAAGCUCAUUUAUGAAUGGUGUGACCCAAACUUCUUCGAAGUGUUCAUUGACGAUCCUGACAGUAAUUUCGAACUCGGACUCAGACACAAAACAAGUGCACAAGUGUGGACCUGUGCAAUGCGAAAAGAUGACUAUCAAAACACUGGUGAUGUUCGGGUGAUGUAUGACAAGGAGCUUGCCAGACUGAGGCCUAAACUUGUGGAGAGGGUGUCCAGAGAGCUUAUCAACCAGCUGCUGGAUGAUCUGUUGGAGGAUGGUGUCUUGAAUGACGGGGAGACAGACUCGAUACUUCAGGAGUACAGUACCAGUGCAAACAGGGCACGCCGCCUCAUCGACAUGAUACGGAAGAAAGGAUGCAAAGCCAGCAGGAAGUUGUUAACUCACCUUCAAAGCAGAGACCCUAUGCUUUGGGCUGAGCUGGGGCUGCCCUCUGGCCCACCUCUGUAGUCAGAGACUCAAGGAGAGAAACCCAAACUCAACCCUGCUGCUGAUAGAAAGAAAUGAAGAAUGAAGACACUCCUAAUUCAUUCUGCACUAAAAGUCAUAUCAGCUGACAGACAUGAUCAGUGGUUGAGCUGUUAAUAUGUUAAAUCAACUCUUAAGAACUUGGUCAGUGCUGCACUGAUGAGUAUUUUUGUAUUAAGUGUACAGUGUGUAGGAUUUAGGGGGAUAUAUUGGCAGAAAUGGAAUCUAAUUCAUAGAGUAUAAUCACCUGAAACUAGGUUGUCUUUUCAUUGCCUGAAUGAGCCAUUUAUAUCUACAUACAGAGUAGGUCCUCUUCCACAGAGUCAUCCAUGUUGUUCUCCAGUCGCCCAGAACAGAGAAACCAAACACAGGCUCUCGUCAGGGCCAUUGUGUGUUUGUGUUGGCCAUUGUAGUUCUCCUACACACAACUAAGUGGUGAACACAGUGGAGCAUUGAGCAGCUUAAGAGCUUGAUAUUAGGAGAAGGUUAAGACUAAAACAUAUUUAAAAAGAGAGUAUAAUACUAACACUGGAUUUAUUUCUUGUGUGGACUGAAACUGUGUGUGCUGAUCAUGUGUAAAUGUAGAUGAUCAUUCUAUCAUUCACAUGAACAAAAAGGGAGGGCACCAUUUUUUUGGUUGUUGUUAUUUAUUAAUUAAGGUCAAUUUUGGAUAUUUACUGAUGGGUCAUUAAGUUUUGUCUUUACUAUGUGUGGAAAAAUGUCUGUGAAUGAAAAGAUAAUUCAUGUUGUUUCUGGUAUUUGUAUGAAUCUUACCUGCAAGGUGAAGGAAAAUAAAGUGGCUGCUAGUCUGUGCUUAAAAUCUUCUAUCAUUGUGUCAACAUGCUGACUGUGUUGUUGUCUCUCACUGAUACAGCCCAGAGUAAGCAGAUAAAAAGAAGCAGAAUGGUGAAAGUUGUCAUAUUGAGGUGUGUUAACAUUCCACCUUAAACAUUGCCGGUACUACUGGUAGCCUCUGAGCUGCACAGUGAAUUGUAUUAUUUUUUCUCAGUCUGAAGCUAACUUACUGUUAACUAGUUAAGAUGAAAAGGCAGCAAAACAUAUUUUAACUUUUUUGAACUGCUUAACAGGUCAAAGUUUAUGAGGAUACAAUGUUAGUUAACUUUCAUUCUUGUCCCGCCACGU